AUGUCUUCGUCAAAGGAGAGAGCAAGAGUUGAAUUCAACCAAGCUGAUCGACAAUGGAUCGGGCUAGAUUCGGUUCAAGAGAAGAUAGACUCUAUGCAUGACAAUGUUCUCAUCUAUCUCUGUCAAGGUUUCGAGGGAAAGAUGGAAGUGAAUGACAUUGAAGCUGCUGUCCUUGACACUCGAGCUGCGAACUUCAAUGUACUUUCUAGCGGCUCAGUCCACGGUAAGCAUACAGCGGAAGAGCAACUGGUUGUCAAGCAAGAAAAUGGUAGAAAGCGUAAGCGCACGAAUGACCACAAUUGUGAGAAGUGUCACAAUGAGGUCAACGAAAUCUACUAUCGUUGGUUGACGCAAGCCACCCAGCUCAUCAAAAGGCAAUUGAAAAAAGCGCCAGCUGUUGAAGCUGGCAAAGCUGCUGAAUCCUCCAUGGCCAGCAAAUCGAAGGGCAAAGGUAAACAGCGUGCAGUCAGCGUCGAAGCGCAAGUUGAUUCAGACUCCACAGUAAAUGCAGAUGAGGAUUCUAGUGCUGAUUGCCCAAUCUGCUGCAACGAAGAUAUCCCGCCCGAUGAUUUGACAAAAUGCAUUGUUGGUCAUCGUUUCUGCAAGUCAUGUGCGCGUAGACUAGCCGAAACAGAGAUUGGUCUACAACGAACGAAGUUUCAAUGCAUGCACAUGGAAGGAUGCGAAGCCACCUUCUCCGAGUCGGAAAUUAAACGAUUCUUGGAUGAAAAGACCUUUCAGCUUUGGUCUCGUAUGCGUACCAAUGAGGAAGUCAAAUCGGCCAAGAUUGACGGAUUGGAGGCAUGCCCCUUCUGCUUCUACGCCCAUAUCAUUUACCCGGAAGAUAGAGACAAGCCCUUCUUCUGCGGGAAUCAUGAGUGCGGGAAAUGGUCUUGCCUUGAUUGCAAGAAGCUUUCUCACGAGGGAAAGACGUGUGAAGAAGCACGUCAAGCAAAGAUGACCUCAGAGCACAAAGCAGAAGAAAAAUUGGCAGAAGCCCUCAUGCGCCGUUGUCCAAAGUCUGGUUGCAACACCGUCAUGGUCAAAGAUGAAGGUCAAAGGUCAUGUAACAAGAUGAGUUGCGUAAAAUGCGGAACGAUCAUGUGCUACAUCUGUCGUGCCGAUAUUACCAAAGCGGGAUAUGGACACUUUGACCAAAAUCCAGGACCGCCAAUGCCCCAACAGCCAUCGGGAAGCAAAGCUGGCAAAUCUGCCAAGAAAUGCCCACUCUGGGAUGACACAAAGGAGAGGCACAAAACAGACAUCAACAAUGCAAGAAAAGAAGUCGGGAAGCUUGCACCGAAGGUCACUGAAGCGGAAAUUGAAGACGAACGUAGGCGACAACAGGCCUUUGAGCGAAGACAUGGAGCAAAUGCAGCCCACGUUCCGGGAGAAUGGGGUUUCAUGGAUGAUAAUGAGGCCGACGCUUUCAUUGAGUUGUUUGCAGAUCGUGGACGUCGACUCGGUAGGUUCCGUCAUGGUGGUCAUCCCCCACAACGAUUCGGUGAAGGCUUUGCCCGAGCUAUGGAUCGCGACUUACAAGAGGAAGCUGAUCGCCGGGAAGCAGAACGAGGUGGCCCAGAAGCCAUUCAUCUAGAAAGGGAACGACAACUACUUGAGCGUGAUCGGGAAAUACGUGAACGAGAACGUGACCGUCAAGACGAGCCAUUUGUACGAGAGCGAAUCGGGAUGCUUUACCCAAACCCUAAUCUGGGCCACUUUGACCUCUUUCGGGAUGAUCCCCACGAUGCUCUUGCACAUCAAAGAAGGCAUGGGCGUGCACAGCAAGAACCCAUCAAUGCUGAAGCGGAAGGGUUUGCUAGACGAUUAGAAGUCAUUAGGAGGACCGUGGACAAUAUAGCUGGUGAGAUUGGACGCUAUCGUGAGAGGUGGGGAGAAAGACGACGCACUGAACCCAUUGAAGUGCCCACGGCAGGUCAGGCAAGACAAGGAGCUGUGAGAGCUCAUCGUGCAGUUGAUGCACCCCACAAUGCUCUAGCAAUACCGGCUUUGCCACGCGCGGGUUUUGUACGAGCAGAUCAUCCUUAUGCUUUGCGACAAAGAUUGAACGCUGGACAAAAUAAAGCUCAAGCACCUAUGUUGGGUGCAAAGAAGGACAACACGCAAGCCAAACAGGAAAACACAACAACGAAACCUGACAUGAAGAUUCGAAAAGUUGGCACUGCAUGGCAAUGGUUGGAGCGUAGUGCAACACCCAAAGAAAAUUCAGGCACUCAAAUUCGUGAAGACAAAGGCGAAGGUUCAUCAAAGAGCAAAGCACAUGCAGGACCUUCCCGAUCUGCUAAUCCCGGGCGCUCAAUUGACGUGAUCGAUCUCACGAUGACUUCGGACGAAGAAAGUGAGGUUGAAGAGGUCUUUGGAUUAAUUUACCUUUGA